ACCCAGACUCCUUCCUGAAGUCCGCGCGCCUGCAGCGCCUGCCCUCGUCCUCCUCGGAGAUGGGGAGCCAGGACGUGUCCCCUCUGCAGGAGACCAGCAAGGACCCCUUCUCAGGGGACUGCAGCUGCCGCCAGGACGGGCUCACCGUCAUCAUCACCGCCUGCCUGACCUUCGCCACGGGCGUCACCGUGGCCCUCAUCAUGCAGAUCUAUUUUGGGGACCCUCAGCUGUUCCACCGCGGUGCCGUGGUGACGGAUGCGGCGCGCUGCACGGCGCUGGGCACACACGUGCUGGCCCGGCACGGCUCCUCGGUGGACGCCGCCAUCGCCUCGGCCCUGUGUGCCGGCAUCGUCAACCCCCACAGCUCGGGGCUGGGAGGGGGCGGGGUGAUGCUGCUCCACGACAUCCGCAAGAACAGGAGCUGGGUGAUCGACUUCCGUGAGGUGGCUCCGCUGGGCAUCCCGCUGGAACGGGACCUGCAGCAGGACACCAAGCCAGGUCUGCUCGUAGGGGUGCCAGGCAUGAUCCUAGGAAUGCACCAGGCACACCAGUUACAUGGCAGGCUCCCCUGGUCCGAGCUGCUGGGCCUCACGGCCGAUGUUGCCCAGAAUGGCUUUAAUGUCACACAUGACCUGGCCAGAGCCCUGAGUGAGCUGAAGGAGCUGGAGCUCUCGGAGCGAUUCCAGGAGCUGUUCCUGCCCGGGGGGCAGCCCCUGCUGCCCGGGAUGUUCGUGCGGCGCCUGGACCUGGCGGCCGUGCUGCAGCUGCUGGGGACACAGGGGGUGGCAGCCUUCUACAGCGGGAACUUGACCCAGGAGAUGGUCUCUGAGGUCCAGAGCCAUGGAGGAGUCCUGGUGGAGGAGGAUUUCAGCAAUUACAGUGUCACUGUGGAGGAGCCUGUGCACACAACCUAUCGAGGGCACCUGGUUUUCACCCCCCCACCUCCACAUGCAGGUCCUGCACUGAUCUCAGCACUGAACAUCCUCGAGGGCUUUAACAUCACAAGGCAAGGAUCCAGAGGGAAUAUCUUGCACUGGAUGGUGGAGACACUAAAAAUAGCCCUGAGUCUGGCGAGCAACCUGGGAGACCCAUCUGGUGACGUGUCUGUCACUCACACAGCAGAAGGCAUGGUGAGUAAAUCAGAAGCCAAUUCCCUGCGCCAGCUGAUCAAUGACUCCCAGUCCUUCCUGUCCACACCUCCCUUCCCCCUGGAGAGUGGGGCUGCUGCCAGCCAGGUCCUGGUCAUGGGCCCCGAUGACUUCAUCGUCACCGUGGUCAGCUCUUUGAAUCGUCCCUUUGGCAGUGGAAUAGUAACACCCUCUGGAAUCCUCCUGAACAGCCAGAUGUUGGACUUCUCCUGGCAGAAUCAAACAAUGAACCACUCCAUUCCCAGGCCGCCCAACGUGGCUCAGCC